AUGUACCGCCUGGUGCGCCUGGGCCCGCUGCGGCCGCCGGCCGUUCCGCGCAGCCCCCCGCGUCCCCUCCCGCUCCCCGCCGUCCCCCGCGCCUUGGGCUGCGGUCCCCGCCUCGAUGGGGUUGGCCUCAGCCCGCCGCUGCCCCUGGUAACGCUGCGAUCCGCCGCCGGUAGCUCCGCCAAGGAUGCAGGUGGUUCCCCCGAAAAGGCAGUCACAGAUCCCAGUGGUGAAAACAAGAAACUCAACAAAUCCCAGCAGCUGAAACAAGUUUUUAAAGAAUACGGUGCUGUAGGGGUUUCAUUCCAUGUUGGAAUUUCAUUAGUAUCUCUAGGAAUUUUCUACCUGGCUGUGUCAAGUGGUGUGGAUAUGACUGCAGUUCUCUUCAAACUUGGUUUCAGUGAGUCAUCAUUACAAUCUAAAAUGGCUGCUGGUACAAGCACAUUUGUGCUGGCAUAUGCAGUUCACAAAUUGUUUGCUCCAGUACGAAUCAGCAUCACUGUGGUUUCUGUGCCAUUUAUUGUCCGAUACUGCCGGAAGAUUGGUUUCUUCAAACCUCCUGCCCCAAAUCCAUGAUUUCUUACUAGUUUUUACUCUUUUUAAAUGCUCUAUAUCCAUGUAGCUUUUCGGAUUGCUAAAGUUUUUUAAAAGACUUACGUGGAUUCAUGUUAAUGCUGACCUCCUCUUGCAUUUCUUACUUGUUCUUUCAGGUAAAUGUUACACUGUGAAAAGUGCUGUCCUCCUUUCCCUUUUGCCACCUCUUCUUCAGAAAAACCUGUUAAAAUGGUAUCUGGUUUCCACUGCAAGUGGUAAUAUAAAUGCUUGACAAUGAGCAGUCUCUUUAGAACACGCAGUUCUAGGUCUUUAUAAUCUAGUUUUUUGGGCCUUAACAUUUCUCUUGUCAAAAGAGAGUGGCCAUGUUAGUUUAUUAGUGUAGUUGGGAAACAGACUAAGAUUCUCUUCCGACUAGUCUGUGGAAUAAACAAUAUCCUACUGUAUGAAUAGUUCUUUUGGUAAGUGUGUAUAUUGGAAUCUAAGGGGGUAGGUGAGUGUUUCUUUGUUAUAAAAGGCAUGUAUUAGAGCCCUGUCUUGCAGCACCACACACAUGCUGAACUAACUUAAGUGGCAGUACCUGUAUGCUUAAUUAUUACACAGUGAUAAUUGUUUUAUCCAGAAUAGGUGAUGCACUGUUCUGAAACUACAGCUCCUUUGUGGUGCUUCCAUGUUUCAAGAUUUUAUUGUUUGCAAAUGUGCUUUGUUUAUAGGCUAGGAGCUGGCCUUACUGAAGUCUUUUUUUUUCAUGCCUAUAGACUCAGAAGGAAUCCUGAGUCUACUGAAAUCAGUGUAACCAGAAUUACCUCCUAUGUGAACAUAUUCCAAAGAUCAUCAAGUCAGAGGCAAGGUAUCUGUGGGUUUUUAAUCUAUCGAGAUCUGGCUUUGUACUGGAGACUUUUUUUUUUAAUCUAAAAACUAACCCUAGCAGCUUUCUGCUCCUGUGGAUGAAACUCACAUCUGCACCUGAAGUCCAGACAUUACAAUUCAUAGCUUCUCAAGAAAAAUUCUUAUGCUUUUGUCUGACAGACUGUUGAACGUACCAGUUAGAGGUGCUUUUCAUUUCCUUAUUUGGACACUGUUCCUAUUAGAAUGUGGUUGCAUAUGCAUUAUAUUCACAUACCACCUUUCAGUUAACCUGAAGACUGGAUCCCAAAACUAGGUAGUCAAUGUAACAUUCUGUGGUAAACCUGAGUUUCAGACUUAGAACUGUGCUUCUGUGAGAUAGCUCGAGCCAGAUCUAUCAGUCUUUUGGACCUGUUCCUCCUUCCAGGUCUGCUCUUCUUACAUUGUCUUGCUCUGUCUUUGUGCUUACACUUACCCCCAGGUGGCUCUGACAGAUCUGUUCAUGCAGGAAUCUGAUUAAAGUAAAAUAGCAGGAAAUUACCCUGGUGAUGACAGUAAUUUUUUUUUUCCUGAAAUAUAGUGAAUUAAGAGGAAGGAAUCAUGUGGUUAGGAUGAGAGUUGGCUGAGGGAGGGAAAGAGGAGCAAGUAAUUUCUGUUGUUACAAGCAACCUAUUAACUCUACUCAGCCAUAACAUUAAAUUGCACCUUAACUCCUUUCCCAUUCAGAAAGUCCAAUCCAUAGCCUGGUUGGAUGCACUGAGGAUUCUCAGGCUCACUAGUGAGCAAGCAGCAUUUGUGCUCUAGAAGAUGAGUCACAGCCACAUACAUCCUUGUACCUCUGUAUUAUUGCUACCCCUUGGUUAAUCAGAGGUUUUCUCUAAGACAGGGAAAACUGGAAGAGGGGUAGUUUACCUCCUCUGCUCUGUGGAAGCAAACAGAUAACUAGAGACUGCCACCUGAAAACAAAGAACCCAUUGGUAAGGGCUUGGUCUCAGGGGGCAGUGCUGUUAGCACAGAUGAGGGUUUAGCAUCUUAAGAUGGAAACAGUUGCAGCAGUGAGUAGGUACAAAUGCAAGAUAGAGGCUUGAUGUAUAAUGCAAACACAGCCAUACGUGACAUAUGUAAAGAUUCAUUACAUAGUUAAACACUGCUCAAAAUACUGACCUUAGGAGCACGGCAUACUGAGAAUCGGCCUUGCAGUGUGACCUGCUUCCAUGAGAGCUGUAAGCUGUGUCACUAACAGAGCUUAUAUCAUGCACAGCUGCUU